CGAAGAAAAGCCGAAACAACGAAGAAUAAGGAAUAAUGUAUAGCAAAAGAGGAGUAAAACGAUUGCGACAAACAUGGACGCCAAACAUAGUGAAAGACCAAAAGCUUUAAUAAGACGACGACCUCCAUGGAAUUAACCUCGUUUUUCCUUGAAUCAUUUGAAGACAUCUUAGUCAACGACGUCAAUGCGUUCAUUGAAACCGUCUUAAAUGACCUCCCCACCUCAGUGACGGUGCACGAUGCGUUCCGAACAUCCCAAAUUGCUGUCACUUUAACACACUCAUUUCCCUUUCCCUCUUCAGUGAUGAUGGCGACGAGCCAAUCCUAGAUUAGCGUAUCUGUAUCAAAGCAGAUCCUCGUGUUUUUGGCGCAAGAACGGUGUCGAAUAAUAGACGUGUGCGCCGGUUCAAUUCACGACUUGUUUCGGACGAUACGGCGCGACGUUGUGGCUUGCAUAGUAUAUUAAGAUUCUUAUAACGGGAAUGAAAUCAGUACAGAAAGCUUCACUAUCAC